UCUCUCUCUCUCUCCUCCUCCCUCUCUCUCCCUUGAAAGAAAAGAGAAGAGAAACAGAAACACCCGCACACAAACGCAGACUUACCUACAAAGAGAGGUCACAGACAGACGCAGGAAGAGUGGGGAAGAAAAGAGAAAGAAAAACCCAGAAUCUAGCUUCGGGAGCAAUUAGCUCUAGCAUACUACCACACCAACAUAAAAAGUACUCUCCCGCGAGAUUUCUCAUACCCCUCCUGCAUAACAUACAUAUAUUCAUAUUGACACAGAUAUAUGUUACGAUUUAUCUAUCCGUGCGAGAGAGAUCCUGUACCUCCUACAAUGCCCACCUUGCAGUGGACAAGAUAAUCUCUCCUUGUCAAUUAGCUCCUGACAAUCCAAUUUCGUUUUUUUUCUCAUCCAAGUUUUCCUCUUAACGCUUCGAAUCAAGUUUCUUUUCCCCCUUUUGAUCGAUACCUAUUAUUACUUGGAAAGCUUCCGGUUUGAUCAGUUUACUCUGCAUCAGAGCAGAGAAGUGUGCACUGGGUUCAUUCUCUGUGGGGUUUGCGUGAAAUGGGCAUGAGCACCGAUCUUCUCAAAGAUUUGGAGUAUAGAUUCGGAAAUACACUGAUUGAGCACUUGCACUUGGAGAUUGCCUGAGAUGGUGUUUAACAUUGAGCAUGGAAGAAGAUUGCGUGUACUGAUUGACUAACUGUGUUGGCCGACAUAAAGACUUUGAGAAAUCAUUAGCAGUUUGGGUAUUUUGGCCUUCACUGGGUGAUGAUUUUGGUAUUGGACAAAGGAAAUAGGAAGGAGCUGAUGAUAUUUUAUUGGCCUCCAAAACUGCCACGAGGAUCUGAUUGCAGCACUCCAUUUCCAAAAUUCAAGAAACCAUUUGGAUUGACAUAGUCUCAGCUUAAUAUUUUGCAAUUACCGGGGUCGUGUUUUUAUUAGUCAGGUUGAGUGGUUGCUGUGCAACACAUUGAUUUAAUCAAAUAUAGGAAAUAUUCGAGGGGAAAUAAACGUGGGUAGUUUCUGUAGCCUUUGUUUUAGCGAGUAAGAAGCUUAUGGAGGAAUACUAAAGCUGGAAAUGAAUGCAUUGACAUGGUGCAUGGACAGGAGCCUUGUUGCUGGUUCGUUCCCUUACUGGAACAGCACUACUGUGGAAUAAUUGAAGUAUUCUCGAUUUCUGAAAGAUCAUACACUGGGUAUAUCAGGAUUUUGUGCAAUGUCGCGCUGCUUUCCAUUUCCACCACCAGGAUAUGAAAAGAAGGGGAGAACAGAUGACUUGGACCUAUUUAAAAAGGAAAAGCAAAGAGAAAAGAAACAUAAAAAAGAGAAGAGGGACAAAGAGAAGAGGGAAAGUAAGGAAAAGAGAGAGAAAGAAGGAAAGGAUGGAAAGCACAAAGAAAAGAAAGAUAAAAAAGAAAAACACAGAGAAAAGAAGAAAGACAGAGACAAGGAAAAGGAAAAGGAUAAAAAUAAAAACAACACUGCUGAUGAGAAGGGAUUCCCUGGACAAACAGAAGGUCUCAAUGCGGGUAAAGUCAUCAAAAAAGAAAUUAAGCAAAAUGAUAGGAAGGGUAUCUUGCUGGAGGGGAGACUUCCCAAACAUUUUGCUGAUAACAAUGGAGAGAAGGCCAGAGAGAAAAAUAAUCACCUGGCCAAGGAGAAUAAAGAUUCAAAAUUUCUUCAGGAGUUGGGGAGAAGGAUUAAGGAAGAGGAUGGUGGAGCUGGCAAUCAAUUGGGUCAGGAGUUGCGCAGGAAAAUUAAGGAGGAGGAUGGAAGGGCUGAUAAUCAGUUCGUUCAGAGGUUUACCUUUGAUAGCCAAAAAAAGGAUGAGCCGACUCCUAAGCUGCUGCCUAAAGAUAGCAGUACCUGGCUUGAUGGCAAGGAAAAAAUCAAGGAUAAGAGUAUUGAUGUUAAGAAGAUUGAUGGGCAAGGAAUCCGGGCUGAGGCCCGACCUAUUGAAAAUGCAACAGUCCACAAUCAUGCUGGAAAUUUUCAUUCCAGAGUUGGUGGAAUGCCCAGAUCUUUGGAGAAGAACCUUAACAGAGCUGUGGAAGCUACAUUGGGAACAAGAGAAACAAGCAAGGAAAAGAAAGAUGAUAAACCAGGAGACAAAAGGAAAGAUAGAGACAAGGGGAAAAAGGGGCAUGGGAAGGACAAAGACAGGGAUAAAGAGAAAAAAAAGGAGAAAGUGAAGGAGCAAACUGAACAUAAGAACACAGUGCAAAAUAUGUUUAAAGUGAGCAACAAAGGUGGCCCUAUGAGUACAAAUUCUUUCCCACAGGUUAGCAAGAACAGCCAGGAGAACUCUGUUGGUGGGGAAAACCUCAAGAAACGGAAGGACAUAGAAUCAAAUGGAAUCCUGCAUGCCAGUGACAAUUGGCCCAGCAAGUUGCCUAGACAAUCCUCUUCCCCUCAUCCAUUCACCGAGAAUGGAAGGAUAGUGAAACCUUGCCAAAGUUCCAUUCCACAUGCCUCCGAUAGUCCAGUAGCAGCCACCAACUUUAAGGUGGAUAACAAGGAACAGAAGAAAAAUGGCAUCAUUGGAGCUCGGCCAUCUGCAGAUUCCCUAAACAAGCCCAUCAGUGCUACUGUGCCAGCUGAUCCUGUAAAUGAAGAAACUUCUGCAAAACCGCCCCAUCCAGAUUCAAAGUACCUGAGCCAGGUAUAUUCAGUACCGAAAAUGGACGAGCAGCCUGACUUUGAUGAUCAAGAGUGGUUGUUUGGCAGCCAAGGUUUACCAAAGAAAAGGCCAACGGGGGAGUCUUCAAAGCUUGUGGGAACAGAGCAGGUUUGGGCGGAAGCUCUGCAUAUAGAGCCAGAUGUUUAUGCUCUGCCGUAUGUCAUUCCAUACUGAAUGGUUUUUGAAGCUGCAAGUGAUACGGCGAUCAUAUCAACACAUGGAACUCUCCAUUCACUCAACCCACAUGGCAGGACAGCAGCAUCUGUGUCUAGAAAUAGAUUCCAAGAUUCUCGAUGCAGUCUUCUGUUUCUUCAUUCUUUGGCAGCAAGUAAUGAUUGAUCGUGUGCUUUGAUCUUUGAAAUGUUGGGAUGAAAACUUUUGACGUCAUCUUGAUCUUAUACUGAAUGCGAAGGAACUUCUGUCAUGAAUGGUUGCGUACCAUGUUGCAGUGCCAGCAGGCCAAGAUCUCGGGGUGCCGCUCUUGCUUCAGAUAUCUUGGUACAGAGAUGGCUUCACAAAGGCAGCUGCAGGUUGCUGAGAAGGGGAGACUUGAGAGCUUGUGCUGCUUUCUUUUCUAUUUUUGGUCGGAGCUGAGAAGCUCUUUCUAAUAGAAGAUGUAAGAGAAACAAACUAGAUGUGGCCUCUGCAACCCCACCGCAAUUUUGAUUUGUAACAUAGAACCCCUAUUUACAAAAAUAUGUGCGAGAGAAGGAAAAGUAGUAGUCUCAUUCAUUGUUCAGUUUCCUGUAAAUUCUUAAUUCCCAUCAUUUUGCUCACAUCCAUACUGUUAAAUGAGCGAGGUUGAUUAGAAAAAACGGAUGGUCGUCUCUUUUGCACCUAGCAAGUCAUAGCAGGAUUGAUGCAGUUGCUGAUAUACUGAUGUUUCAUUAAAAUCAUAUGAGCAUUUUGCAUUAAAA